UCCUGAAAUACACUGGGAGCUUGUCAGGCCGUGCCUUGCAGAUGCCUCAGGAGCUCAUAGUGAGCCAGGGCAGUCGCACUGAAGUUCCUAACACAAGGAAAUCACAUACACAGUUGCUUUAGUGCUGCAUAUGGACCAUAUGUUUUCUAGCAUAGGUGAGAUGUCAACACAAGCGCCAAACAUUAAACUGAAAAUUGAUCCUCGGAAUCUGCAGAUCCAGACAUUUACAGUGGAGAAAUUACUGGAACCACUGAUAAUUCAGGUUACAACAUUAGUGAACUGUCCACAGAAUCCUUCUAGUAAGAAAAAGGGUCGUUCCAAAAGAGCUCGUGUCUUGCUUGCUUCUGUGGAAGAAGCCACUUGGAAUCUGCUGGACAAGGGAGAAAAAAUUGCCAAGGAAGCAGUUGUGUUCAAAGAGGAACUUCAUGCAGCACUCGCUGAUGUGCGGAAAGAGAGUGGGGCCCUGCAGGUGUCAGCAGAGGCGUUCACCAGCGAUCCCUGCUCGCUGCCCCGGAGGCAGGCUGUUGUGCCAGCCGCUCGCUCCCUGCUGGCCGCCGUCACCAGGCUCCUCGUUCUGGCCGACAUGGUGGACGUGGCCUAUCUGCUGCAGCACCUGACUGUGUUUCAAAGAACAUUUGAAUCUUUGAAAAGUGUAUCCAGUAAAUCUGAUCUACAGAAAACCUACCAAAAGUUUCAAAAAGAUCUGGAAAAUCUUGAUUACUUGGCAUACAAACGUCAGCAGGAUUUGAAAUCUAGCAAUCAGCGAGAUGAAAUUGCUGCAGCACGUGUAUCCCUGAAGGAAAAUUCUGCUUUCCUACAUUCAAUAUGUUCAGCUUGUUUGGAACAUUCAGAUGUUGCAUCCCUUACAGCCAGCAAGGAUUCAAUUUGCAAUGAAAUACAGAAUGCUCUCAAUGUAAUUUCUAAUGCUUCCCAAGGAGUUGGAAAUAAAGUGGAGCAACCUGCAUCUCGCACAGCUACUCUUGGAAGUGCACUUGAUGAGCUUGAGAAUUUAAUAGCCCUGGAUCCUCUGGUAGUGAGCGAAGAGAAGGUGAGGCCGUCCCUGGAGCAGCGGCUGGAGGCGAUCAUCAGCGGGGCCGCGCUGCUGGCCGACUCCUCGUGCACGCGGGACUCGCACCGCGAGCGCAUCAUCGCCGAGUGCAGCGCCAUCCGCCAGGCCCUGCAGGAGCUGCUGGCCGAGUACCUGCGCUCCACUGACAAGGCAGAGAGAAGCAAUGCCCUGAAUGUUGCCAUAGACAGCAUGUGCAAGAAGACCAGAGACCUCCGCAGACAGCUCCGGAAAGCCAUUAUAGAUCACAUCUCAGACUCCUUCUUAGACACCACAGUUCCACUGCUAGUUCUCAUUGAAGCUGCUAAAAAUGGAAGAGAGAAAGAAAUAAAGGAAUAUGCUUCUAUAUUUCGAGAACAUACCAGCAGGCUUGUGGAGGUUGCCAAUCUUGCUUGUUCGUUGUCAACAAAUGAAGAUGGAACGAAAAUUGUCCAAAUGGCAGCAAAUCACAUUGAGACUUUGUGCCCACAGGUUAUUAAUGCUGCUUUAGCUCUUGCUGCCAGACCAAAAAGUCAAGUUGUGAAAAACAACAUGGAGAUGUAUAGGAGUACAUGGGAGAAUCACAUCCGUGUCCUUACUGAAGCUGUGGAUGAUAUAACAAGUAUUGAUGAUUUCCUUGCUGUAUCAGAGAGCCACAUCCUGGAGGACGUGAACCGCUGCAUCGUGGCGCUGCGGGAGCAGGACGCCGAGGGCCUGGACCGCGCCGCGGGCGCCAUCCGUGGCCGCGCUGCCAGGGUCGCGCACGUCGUGGCCGGGGAGAUGGAGAACUACGAGCCAGGAGUGUACACCCAGGGGGUCAUGGGGCACGUGCAGCAUCUCUCCGGGGCUGUGAUUCCAGAGUUUAUUAGUCAAGUAAAUAUUGCAUUGGAGAGCUUAAGCAAGAACACAGUGCAUCUGUUUGAUGACAACCAGUUUGUUGACAUUUCCAAGAAGGUGUAUGAUACGAUUCACAACAUCAGGUGCUCUGUCAUGUUGAUUCGGACGCCCGAGGAGCUGGAGGACGUGUCCGACCUGGAGGAGGAGCAGGACGCCCGCAGCCGCACCAGCGUGCAGACCGAGGGCCGGACCGACCGGGCCAAGAUGACUCAAUUGCCAGAAGCUGAAAAGGAAAAGAUAGCUGAGCAAGUGGCUGACUUCAAAAAAGUUAAGAGUAAGCUUGAUGCAGAGAUUGAAAUCUGGGAUGAUACCAGCAAUGACAUAAUUGUUCUCGCCAAGAGGAUGUGUGUGAUUAUGAUGGAGAUGACUGACUUCACAAGGGGAAGAGGCCCACUGAAGCACACGUCGGAUGUCAUCAACGCCGCCAAGGUGAUCUCGGAGUCGGGCUCGCGCAUGGACGUCCUGGCGCGGCUCAUCGCUGACCAGUGCCCAGACCAGUCGUGCAAACAGGAUUUACUGGCUUACCUAGAACAGAUCAAGCUGUACUCCCACCAGCUCAAGAUCUGCAGCCAGGUUAAAGCAGAGAUCCAGAAUCUCGGCGGAGAGCUCAUCAUGUCUGCAGGCCUGUUUUUCUAAAAAGGAGAUUUUUAAAAUCCUCUCUGGAAGGGAAAGCAGCAGUGUUGGGGAGAGACCGAGCUAUCUGCCUGGCUAAGCAUCUGCUUCAUUAUGGUGUUGCACAGGAACAAUUUUGCAGCCCUUAAUGUAAGUUGUUUAUCAUUUAACUUGGACACAGGCCUGGCCUAAUUAUAGAACUCAGUUUCAGUUCUUUGAAUCCUGCUUAGCCUGAAGCAGACUCUAGUAAUGGUUAGUUUUCAGUCCAUUAGAUUCAAUUUCCCCACCUGAAAAAUGGGUAAAACAUGGAACAGACUCCAGACACCCUGCAGUGUUUAAUGCAAUCACUGGAUGGACACACAAACAUAGAUAACCAAUGGAACAGCCACGUUUCUAGGAAAACUCAGUUCCUUGGAAAGAAACUCAAGCAGUGAAGCUGUUUUCCUUAGGCCACAUCCAUGGGGAUGAAACCUCUCCAGUAUCGCAGAGUGAGAGCAUGGUGAAGCAGAAACGAGCAAAACACUGAGGGAACAGUUCCCAGAGAAAAGAAUCACAAUGGCAAGGUUCCCUUUGGCUCAUUUCCCACCUAAGCUGUACUGGAGUUGAAUCUGUGACAGGGUCUGAGUGUCUUCUGUCAGCUGCAUGAGCAUACAUGGCAGGUAACCAAGUGCUUCCAGUUCUAGCUUUGCUGUGCCUUUCUUGGACACCUGUUUUCUGGUGCCACUGUUAGACCAAGAUCUCCAUUUCCACUAAAAAGAAAUUAACUACUUUGAGUGGGAAAAAAGGGGAGGCUCAGAAAAGCAGGCAAGUGGUGUUAAAAUCCUGGCCAAGGCCCUGUAAAAACUUCAGUGCCUUCAACAAUGGAGAUUUCUCUCUUUUUGGAUUGUUCUGCUACUUUUAAUCUUAAUGGUUAAAUGACUAUUUUAUAGAGCAACCUUAGUGAAAGAACCAUAAAAUAAUUCAAAACAGCGAUUAGCUAACCUAGUAAAAAAGAAGGAUUAAAAUGAAAAGCACAAUAUAGUAAGGACUCCUUACCUGAAAUGCAGCAGUACUCAGACACUCACUGCUCUCCACAAAAAUGUAGAACUCACGUUACUUUCAGAUACAGCAGUCAAAGAAAUCAAACUUCAGUCUUAGUCUCUUGGUGUAGUGUACCAAAGGAAAUCUGCUUCUAGGAAUUUACAUAACGAACCUUGUGUUUCAGUUAAAAUCAAUUUUUAAUAACUGACCUUGUUUCCAAAAGAAUUUUAAGUUCAGACUUCAAACAGUGAUAAAAAAGUCUGCAUUUGGUGUUCAGUUCUCAGUUUCCACCUGUAUGGAAACCUAAAUCUGGGUGAACUGUAAAUACAACUUGGGAUACUGUAAACAGCCAACUAAUACAUCUGUUCUCAAACAGGAAAACCUUACAGUUUCCUGCAGAACUCCAAGAACACUCCCAGCAGAGCAGUCCAGGUGUCCCAGCUGGGGCUGCAGGCACUCCAGGUUACACAGAACACUUUGGAAGUGCUGUUCUGCAGGCCUGCACAGCUUUGUCCCCAAGGCACAAAGUGUCUGUUGCUGCCUUAGGGCAGAAGGACAGCACCUGCACAUCACACCAACAAUGGCAGCAGGAGGGAGCCGGCCUCUCUGCAUGCCCUGCAGCAAGCAGAGUUGGUAUUUCACUGCUGCACCACUUACAACUACUGCUGACAUGGGACAAUGGAAGCAAUUCUUAGUGCACUGAACAAAAAAUACUUUGACCUCACAAGGGUUUCUUCAGUUUCUAAGUCAUGAUUCUCUUUGUUAUUCUGAAUGGUAAAAAUAACUGCCCAUGUCAGUUAUUAUAAUGUUCAGCAUUUCAUAGCAAUGGAUUGCCACUACUGCCAAGAUAUUAAAUUACUUUACCAAAAUGAGAAAAAUACACUGCAUGUAAGCAAACUGAAAAAAAAGUUUAGAAAUUCAGUUCUUGUCUAACCUUUCCCUUCAUUUUUGUUAUUCAGAGAAGAGUUUGCUUUCUUGCUCUCAGGACUUAGUACAGAGGAGAAAUAAAAGUGCUGGAGAAGGGAGAGUGGAUUUCAGCAUGAGUGCUGCCAGCCUGAUUUGGGGUGGGUUUUUUUCUUAAAAAAACCACUGUCAUCUGCUCUGUAUAAUGUGUGUUUCACCCCAGUGUGAAAUUACAGUGGUCAGAAUAAUUCUGAAUUCCUUUUACAAUGGCAGCCAAGUACUAUUGCUUACAGGCGAGGUGAGGAGAGAAAUGGCAAGGGAUGUUUUUCCUAAAGUCUUUAAUGAAUCAUUGUCUUAACUUACACAUCAGACCUGUAAAAUCUGAAGAUUGGGAUGUUGCAUCUCCAUGGAAAAUGCUGAAAGAGCGAAAGUGAAGUUAGGCAAAAAUAAAACAGGUUUUAGUUUGGGGUUGGUUGGUUUGUUUGUUUUACCUGUGAAUCUUUAUGUACCGCUUGCUGUGCAUUGAAGAGUUUGCAGCUACAUCUCUCUAUGUGAAAUGGACUUAAAUGCUCAAUGAAUAUUUUAUCAGGCUUUCAUUUAUGCCAAGUUUCAUUUCUUCAGUUUUCCUGGAUAUAAGACCUUGAAGAGCCUGCUGAAUAUCUGAGAUAAAAUCAUCCAAGUGAAGACAUGCUUGAGUACAUCGGUUUAAAUAGAACAGAUUUUCACCAAACUGUACAGUCUUACUGGCAUUGAGGUAGAAAAAAAACUGCUCUCUAAAGCCGAAAAAAGGGAAGUGAAACGUAUAGCCUGAUUGUUACCAUCUGUAGUACACAUCUAAGAACAUCUAAAAGCUUCUCCAAAAUUCUGAAUGCAGUUAAUACCCCAACCCAACACAAUCUUCCUCUUUAGAAAGCAAAUGCGAGAUGCAUCAGAAAGGUGAAGGGACAGGUAGACACAAGGACACAGCCAAUGCUGUGGGCAGAUAGCCUAAAGGGCAGCAUUAACUGAGUGCUCCUGCACCUCAGUGCCUGUUCUGACUCAGCCCAGACCCAGGUAAGGCAGCAAAACCCCAGGUCAAACACCCUUGGUGGGCCCUAGGUCACUGCCUUGCAGCACGGGACACUCAGAGCUGUUUCUCACAGCUUGGGGUCAGGUUACCUGCAUGGCUCUUUGUGGCUCAGGGCAUCUUCUGUGGAGUUCUAAUGCUAUGACAGAGGCUCAGUUCCUCUGGCAUGGCGAGGGGCAGGGGAAUUCUGCCACUCGGAACAGCUCUGCAGUUUGGCUUGGAGUCAGGCUUUGGCUCUUCAGCUUUUGAAAGGCUGGAGGUGUCCAGCAGGACAGGUGUCCCCUCCCAGAGCCUGAGUCAGACUGCGAGGCUGACGUGGCUGUGCACUGGGUUUCAAUUACAGCCUCAUCAAAACUAGGCACGCCUGAGGUUUUUUUGCUGCUUAUAGUAGAUACCUAUUAUUAUAGUUCAGAAAACAGUAAAAAUGCAGUUUUCUUGAUCCCAGGGUGGAGUGAAGGAGCCCUAGAGUCUUCCACAGCUGAUUUGAGGAAGCAGCAGCAGGGGGCAGGAGGAGGAGGUAACUGUUCUGUUUCCACAGGAGGGGAAAGGCCAGCUGAGUUCUAGUGCUCACCUCAGCAUUCUCCCUGUUCCACACUACACACACUGAAGUCGCAAUAAAGAACAGCUGAAGUUUUGUAGCAUCCUUCCUGGAUGGAAGUUUCUUCAAGAGGCCUUCUCCCUGCCAUGCAAACAAGAAUUUAUUUGCUGGCCAACCUGCCACCCCUCCUCACAUGCCUCUAUUACCCAGCAACUUGAAAAUAGUGGAGCAGUUACACACAUUGCAGUCACUGUGAGACUUCAGGGAAGAAGCUUCCCUGAAGCCCAUUACCAUCUGCCACAGAACCAGAACCAUCUUUUUCUUUGUCGUAGUGGUGUUACUAUGCCAGUGCUGGAAAAGGGACUGUUAGGGUAGGGAGAAAAAAAGGUUAUUCAAAACUUUCAAGAAGCUGUCAGGAUUAUGGUGAUGUCAGCUGUUCUAGACAGCAACAGAUAACUGAAAUUUCCUGUGUGUGUGCGUGCAGAGGUGUGUCUGUGUAUAACCAGUCCUCAGGUUAGCAUAAAAGAAAGAAGUUCCUAGGAAGCUGUGUCUCCUCCUGCUCCAGAGAACACUGUGACAGUAUCCAGCAGUGAGGUGUGGCCAGGGCCUUCCUCCAUCUGCCCCUGAGCUAAGGCUGCCCCUCAGGGCAGCUUCCCUGGGAAAGGGGUGCACGGCAGAGGCGUUGGGAGUGUGGGACAGGAACUCUGAGCAAAACCUUCCCCACAGCGUGCAGCUUUGGGAAAUUGUUUGUUUCACGUGUGUAGAUGUAUAAAGAAGUGUUUGAAAUUUGGGGGUCAGCAUUGGGGGUGCAUUGAAGUUAACAUCAAAGUGGGUGACAGCAGCUGUGCUGCAGGGCCAAGGCUGCUGAGGGGCUGUGCCCAGCUUCUGAUUCAGUCCGUACAUCCCAGUCCCCAAACACACCCACCUACCCUCUGCAAGCACCCCGUGGCUGCUGGAGACUGGCAGCCCUUUCUAGAAAGUUCACGUGCUGCAGUGUGGAAUGAACUUUUAGAGGCCAUCUGGUAGAUUUUACACCUUUUCUUGGGGAAUUGAGAUAAUUUCACUUUGCCAUCGCACAUAUGUGUGCAUUCAACCAGAUAUCCUAAUUUUAUUAUUUUUCUUCAUUUCCAGAGAGCAGCAGUGUGUGUUGUAUUAACUGGAAGAUUUUUCUGCCAGUUCAGAGGUGUUUCCAAAUUGCAACUAAAUCCAGCCUCUUGGCUGUAUUUUUUAUUUCUGCCUUAUUUUUAUUUGUGUUACACAAUCAGAAUGAAGACAGACAAAAAUAACACACCUCUCUCACCUGAUCAAUUUUUUUUUUAUCUGGGAAAGAGAGAAGUCCUGGAACCUAAUACUCCCAUUUGUAAAUAUGUACCUUGCCCAAGGCUCUGGGGUUGGGCUGGAUGGCAAAGGACAGGAUCACUCUGCCACUCAACCCACAGACAGCCCUUCAGAGAACUGGCUUCAGUGCUUUUUCACAAAUGUUUCAGCAAAGGGGAUGUUUAGAAGAUGAAGUGUGAAGGCUCUCCCAUUUUGAAGAGUAAUCCUACUAUUUCUCCAUCCCAGCCAUGGGGAGCUUCCUCAUGUUUC